GACAAUGUAACCUAUUCUCGUGCUCCAAACAGGAGAGAGAGAGACCACACACACACAUCCACAACUCUGCAAUGGAUGAUGGGGUCGUCCACCAUUCCAAACUUCCCAUACCCGCUGAAGAAAAUGAGGUGGAUGACUCUCCCAUUGAGCAGGUGAGGCUAACAGUUCCAAUAACGGACGACCCUACACAGCCUGCACUAACAUUCAGGACAUGGACAUUGGGGUUGGCAUCAUGCAUUAUUCUCUCAUUCGUGAACCAGUUCUUCGGUUACAGAACCACCCCUCUGUUUGUUUCUUCUGUGUCAGCGCAGAUUGUCUCUCUCCCACUUGGCAAGUUCAUGGCGGCGACGCUUCCCACCAAAGCCUUUCGUUUACCCUUCACCAAAUGGUCCUUCUCCUUCAACCCUGGUCCCUUCAAUUUGAAGGAACAUGCACUCAUUACCAUCUUUGCCAGCGCUGGAUCCAGCGGUGUCUAUGCCAUUAAUAUUAUCACAAUUGUUAAGGCUUUCUAUCACAGGAGUAUCCAUCCACUCGCUGCUUUUCUGUUGGCACUGUCCACCCAGAUGCUUGGUUAUGGAUGGGCUGGGAUUUUCAGAAAAUUCCUUGUGGAUUCCCCGUACAUGUGGUGGCCUUCAAAUCUUGUCCAGGUGUCUCUAUUUAGGGCAUUUCAUGAAAAGGAGAAAAGGCCUAAAGGAGGAAACACAAGGCUGCAAUUCUUUUUCCUGGUGUUUGUGGCAAGCUUUGCUUAUUACGUUAUUCCAGGCUACCUUUUCCAAGCAAUAUCAACAAUCUCCUUAGUUUGCUUGAUAUGGAAAAACUCUAUAGUUGCUCAACAAAUUGGUUCAGGCAUGAAGGGCCUUGGCAUUGGUUCAUUUGGCCUGGACUGGAACACCGUGGCUGGCUUCUUAGGCAGUCCUUUGGCUUCUCCUGGAUUCGCCAUCAUCAACACACUCGUUGGAUUUGGGCUGUUCCUUUAUGUACUGAUUCCCAUUUCCUAUUGGAACAACGUGUAUGAUGCCAAGAAGUUCCCCAUCAUCAGUUCUCACACGUUUGAUUCCUCCGGCGCUGUGUAUAAUGUCACUCGGAUUCUCGAUGCUAAAACUUUUGAUAUUGAUAUGGACAGAUAUAACAACUACAGCAAGCUCUAUCUUAGCAUCACAUUUGCUUUCGACUAUGGAUUGAGCUUUGCAACUCUGACUGCCACUAUUUCACAUGUUGUCCUCUUCCAUGGAAAGACGGUUUACCAAAUGUGGAAGAAGACAGCAUCUGCACUGAAAGAAGAAGGAUUUGGAGAUGUGCACACAAGAAUUAUGAAGAGAAACUAUAACCAAGUACCUGAAUGGUGGUUUGUCAGCAUUUUGGUUUUAAUGAUUGGUCUAGCCUUGCUAACAUGUGAAGGCUUUGGCAAGCAACUCCAAUUGCCAUGGUGGGGAGUCUUAAUGUCUCUAUUAAUUGCGUUAGUUUUCACUUUGCCAGUUGGGGUCAUUCAAGCAACAACCAAUAUGCAAACUGGACUCAACGUGAUUACAGAGUUAAUAAUUGGGUACAUUUACCCAGGAAGGCCCCUUGCUAAUGUAGCCUUCAAGACAUACGGGUACAUCAGCAUGGCACAGGCACUCGGGUUCCUUGGUGACUUCAAAUUAGGCCACUAUAUGAAAAUUCCUCCAAGAUCUAUGUUCGUCGUGCAGUUGGUAGGUACCGUAGUUGCUUCAACUGUGUGCUUUGGCACAGCAUGGUGGCUUCUAACAAGUAUUCCAAACAUAUGUGAUGAAGCAAAUUUGCCAAGUGGUAGUCCAUGGACUUGCCCUGGUGACGAUGUGUUUUACAAUGCUUCAAUCAUAUGGGGAGUGGUGGGGCCAAAGAGAAUGUUCACCAAGGCUGGCAUUUACCCUGGCUUGAAUUGGUUUUUCCUCAUUGGAUUACUUGCUCCUGUUCCAGUGUGGCUGCUUGCUCGCAAAUUCCCCAACCACAAGUGGAUUGAGCUCAUCAACAUGCCCCUCAUCAUUUCUGGUGCCAAUGGUAUUCCACCAGCCAGAUCAGUCAUCUACAUAACUUGGGGUAUUGUGGGGUUAUUCUUCAACAUAUAUAUUUACAGGAAGUUCAAGGCAUGGUGGGCUAGACACACUUACAUCCUCUCAGCUGCUUUGGAUGCUGGUAUUGCUUUCAUGGGUGUGUUGCUCUAUUUUGCCCUCCAAAGUUAUGAUAUCUUUGGUCCAGUUUGGUGGGGUCAAGAUGCUGAUGACCACUGCCCUUUGGCCAAGUGCCCCACAGCUCCAGGAGUAAUUGCUAGUGGAUGCCCUGUUCUAUGAUCACAUUGCUUAUCACAAAUCAGUAGAAUGAUUGUGGUUUACUUUUACGCCUUCUCUCUUUCAAUUCAUUGUAAAAAGCCAAUAGGAAGUUGAACAAGCUGUACAAAUUGUUAUGUUAGCAGCGGCCAGCGCAAGCAAUUUUUUAAAAUAAUCAUUGAUAUAUGUUUGACUUCGA